AGGAAGGGGAAGUUAUUAUAUAUUUACCUUAAAAGGGAACAUGAACUGCAUUAAUUAUUUUUAAAUGUACAGCAUUAAGUUGUUGUUUUCACUGGUAAACGAAAAAAGAAAAAAGUACCACCGUAAAAAGGUUAUUUUAUUAAUAAUGAAAUUGAAUAGAUGCUUAAAAACAAGUCACGUGAUUUUUUUUUUGAUUUAUGAAGCUGUCUUUGGUCGACAUAUUAUAAAAACAAAAGAACAUGAUAAUAACUUUACAUGUCGAAGUUAUUGUGAUGGAAAUUUUGACUUGUGUAAGACAAUUAUUAAAUCAGUUCAAGAAACUUUUAUCUGCGUAAAAACAGCUACAAAGUGCAGAGCAACUUGCGAUAAAACAAUAGAAGCAGUUGAAAAAACAAUAGAAGCAGUUAAAAAAACAAUAAAAGUAGUCGAUAGUUUGCAGUUAUUGAAAACCAGUAAGUCUGAACAAAACGGAAAAACAAAGAAGGAUCCUAUCAUUAAUAAAAUUGAUUUAACACGUAAAAUAUCUGUUCGGCUUGAUAGAAUAUGGCUUAAUAAUAAUGUAUAAUAUUUCAACGACAACUACCAUUACUACAAAUAAAGUUACGUUAAAAUAUCCUAACAACACUUCAGUGAAAAACCGCAUCAGAAAAGGUAAUAACUAACAAAACCGAAAAUUAGGAAAAAAAAUCAACUAAAGCGUGCUUAUCCUAAAUUGUUAAAGACUUAAUUUUGGGAAUCUUAAGCGCAAAUAACAAACAUAAUCGAGAAUUUAACCGACCUGUCAGUUUUCUUAUUGAAAGUUUAAAAGGGUUCUAUAUAAAUAUGUAUUACAUUCUGGAAACUUUCAAAGAUUUUAAGCAUAUCUAAGUGAGGCAAAAAAUCAAAAUGGCGAAAAAAUAUCAUUGCAAAAAAUAAGAUCAUUAAUUCAAGUUUUUUCACUUUAUAUACAAUAAACAGAAUUGACUUCAUUGAUUUGAAUUCAGCCGACGACACCGUGGGGAAAAAUGGUGGUGGGGGUAGGGUGAGCACGUGCCCUACUUUUUUUCUAAAGGAAAGGACUUUUUUUUUAAAUUAACGAUUGUGCCCCUCCACUUUGAAACCCGUGUCGCCGACCUUGAUUUGAAUUAUAUUUACAAACGUCGUGUGAGCAAUUUGGUACCAAUUAUCAAAAUAUGAUUAACUCAAUUAUCAAAAUAAUUUAAACAAUUCCAACAUUUUGUAAAAAUAUUUUGAAUAAGUUUAUUUUUUAAUAAUUUAAAAUAAGUAAGAGUUACCACACAAACGAUAGGUUAACGUUUAACUUGUAAUUGGUUAGUGGCUAAAUAAUUUUUUA